AUGUCUGAGACCAACGAGUCAAAAGUGUCCGUGCCCUACCCGAGCUUCUCAAAGGCACAUAGCAAGGAGGCCGUGGGGAGUCGGGAGAACCUGGGCAUACGGCUUAACAUAUUGACUCCCGAACCUACAGACAUAACAACCACAGAAGCGAAAAAAGACGACCAUAAGCCGAGCUCGACGAGCGAAGACAAAACCCAGACCAAGAGACAUAGCCAAAGUACCCGACCACCAAGUCCGCCUCUCACGAAUGACGAUACAGAGCUACCCCGGCGUAAAAGCACGCCUCUCAGUGAUGGUCACCGAUCAGAGGAGAGGGAAACCUCGAGCAAGACUGCGGGAGAACCGAAGAAACAUAAAUCAUCAAGGAGCCAUUCGACCAGGUCCUCCACGGUCAUGUACAAGAAGCUAAGUGACCAGACGCUGAAAACCAGUACGCGGGCCCGAUCUAGCACCCCAACCAAAUUGAAAUUAUUUGAGGCUCUUCAGUUUUCUCACAGAUCCUCUACCACUUCAGCGCACCGAAAAUCAGGGAAAUCGUCCCAAAAUCGAAAAUCGUCAUCACCAAUCGAAAUUCUAUCCGACAACGAAACAGUAGCGGUAGACUCAGAUGCCACCUCAAUCGCUCCCGUACAAGUGAAAACAACCGAACAGCUACCUAAACUCCGAAACCGUCCUCGUGCAUCUAGACCUCCCUCAAAUGCCUCCCCAUCACCGUGUCCAGAGGUAUCAGCAUUCAAUCCAUUAAGAGACCCAUCCGCUGCUUCCCCCCCUCCACCACCUCCGCCGCCACCUCCGCCGCCAGAUAUCCCGCUUUCGAGACCCAGGGUCGAUUACCUGCUGCAGAAUGGCGGCCUGGGUUACCAUGUACCCCGUAAUUUCCUUGGAGCGGGAGAAUCUGCUAAUAUGCCGCAACACCUCUUCGAACCCGCCAAUACUGGGAUGAAGCUAUUUGAACCAUUUUCCAGGCUACUGAGUGAUUAUGCCCGGGUGAUAGAAAAGAAUGGAUCACUGGCCGUGGCUACAGGAUACAGAUCCGUUGCAAGGCGACUAUUGGACAGACUCGAAUCUGUAUUUGCUCGAGAUAUCUCAUCGGAAGCCUGCGAGUGCCCAAUGUGCUGUGGCAAAGAGCAACUGGAGGAACAAACAGGGGUCAGCUGGGGUGAGGUUCUGGAGCUCGUUUCGGGCCGAAGCGAUUUACCAACCUGGCCACCGUUCCGUAUGCAGCCUGAGCUUGAUCAUGCUACCAUGGGAAACUCUCAGGAACACAUACCUAUGCAGAAGCUUGAUAUCGAUGUACCUGAAGAAUAUCGAGACCACUAUAUUCGACAGUCACGCAAAACAAAACAAGCCGUAGACAAAUGGCUAUCUCGUCAACCCGACCAGCCCGCAGAACCUCCAGGGGAAGUUGACGAUGAAACUCUGACAUUUGCUAUCCUAACCUAUUUGGACCCAGAUCAACGAGCCUCCUUUGCCGCACUCCUUGAGUUCCCGUUGAGCCCACCAGUCCCAAGAAAAGAGACGCCGAAACCGCCAGAUAGGCCUCCUUGCUUGGUUGUUGGGGGUGCUGCGAUCUACCGCUUGUAUAGAUUGCAGAGCCUACCUCGUGACCCGGAGACGGCGUUAUAUAUGGUAAACCAUCCUGAAAUGCAUAACGUUCUAGCGACAUUGGCGGCAAUUAGUGAUGACGAAUGGGAUAUACUCAUCUCUGGCCGCUUCGAUGGGUUCCUCCGAAGUGGAGCAGAAGAUAAUUCCGUCCCAACCUCCGCAACAGAGCCUCCGUACGACCCCCAAACAAGCCUUCCUAGAAAUGGCAGUCAAACUAUGCGCUCAAUUAGUCAGCCCCGUGCAGGCGCCCCCAUCACAGCCGCGACAGGAUCCCAUGGAGCCCCUAUUUCGAUCGAUGAAGAGACGGAAAUCGCCGCAUUGGCGGAAGUGGAAAGGGACAUAUUCCUUGGCAUGGAAGCACUUGAAGACGCCUUCGAACUCCUCCACGGCAAGGCGGAAAUGGUACGCCAGGCACUACGUGAGCGCGGCGCUGGGCUUACCGCUGCAAGUCAAGCUAGGAGAGGCAGCAGAUCGAAUAUUCAGAUACUAGCGGGCACCCCGGUGCCGAUGAGUUGCACGCCGGGCGAAUUUGAGAGCGGAACUGAUGAGGAUGUUGAUGACGGAGCGUCCAUCGCCCCCUCAGAGUCUGCUAGCAACAUUAGCUCUAACAGGAGACGAAGGCCAAAACGCCGUACUGAACGGAGAACACCUGCUCCUGUUGAAGAAGAGUCCGAGGAAUAUAAUGAAUAUGUGGUUCCCAUACGGCAAGGGAAGUGA